AUGGCAAACCCAGUGAUGUCUGUGAACCCUCUAUUGACAGCAUCAGGACAUCAGAGGAUCCCACUGGUUCCCCCGCCAUUUGGGCCUCCAAUUGUGGACAGAGAUGUCUUGCCUUCCAGUAUAGCUCCAACUGACCCAAGCCAGUUUUGUAUACCUUCCCAACUUGGAUCCUCUGUUGUCCCAAAUGCAAACAUGCCAAACCCACUGUCGAGUCUCUUCUACUCAGGCUGGGGUGUUUUACCACCUGAACCCAUAAAGGCAGUGACCACAAGGAAUGAAAUGCUAGAAAGGCAUCACGCUGCCAGGGCAGAAAUGGAAAUGUAUUCUCUUUACCAGCAGAGGAGGAUGGAAAGAGUGAAUCCCAAGGGGCUGGCUGGUCUGGGGAUGCCACUCUUUUAUGGGUCUAGUUGCCUGGGUGGCCCUGCAGGCUUCCAAGGCAGGAGCACACUGCCUGCCAGUGAUCUGCAUUUGCACAGAAGCACACUGCGACACCUUCAGGGAAACCCUAUUCUGCUGGCAGCCAGACCACGCUUCUCUGAAUGCUGGGGCCAGAAAUACCGACUCAGAAGAGGUUUGGUUUAUCAGAAACCUCUGGAGAGCGACACUGGGAGUUUCACAAGUCAAAUAGAAGAAAAAAGCUCAGGCCAGAUGCCUAUGGCUCCCUAUGAAGAGGAAGAGGGUACCAAAGAACCGGAAGUCGAGGUAGACAACAGCCAGGAAAAUGAUGAAAACCCGACCCCGGGCCUCACCAACCCCUGCGGCGAGCUCCAGCCGAGCCAGGAAAAGGCAUGGGAUGGCAGGAAGGACGAAUCCUCUGAACAGGGCUGUGAAGGCUGCGACGAGAAGAAUGGAGUUGGCCUGCCAGUGUCCAUACUGCCUCUGCCAGGAACACAUGAGCUGGUUGCACUUAGGGAAAACCAUUCUUUGGCUGAUAUUCAGAAAUGGACUGUAGAUGAUGUUCAUAACUUCAUCAGAAGUCUUCCAGGCUGUUCAGACUAUGCCCAGGUAUUUAAGGACCAUGCAAUUGAUGGAGAAACACUGCCCCUUCUCACCGAGCAGCAUCUUCGAGGCACCCUGGGGCUGAAGCUAGGGCCAGCACUAAAAAUUCAGUCUCAGGUAUCUCAGCAUGUGGGAAAUACGUACUGUAAGAAAAUGCCUUCACUUUCCACCCAAGCAAGGCAAGCGUUUGAUCACCCAGCAGGCACAUUACCUCUUUUGGAUAUUAAUUCCUGGAGUGAUGGUUUGAGCAUUCCUUGUUCCCAGGAUAUAAUGGUUCCUAAAAGAACUGAGACAGGUAGUAUGAGAAAUUAAAAACGUUCAGUUUUCUGGAGUUGUAGGUGUUACCAGAAGUGUGUGAGAGCUUCCUGGGGCCCGGUGGAGGACAACGAGGUUGAGACCAUACUCCUAACAUUGUCUUGGGAGGAUCUCACCCAACAGGCUUCCUGCCAAGCUGGAGUGACCCACACACCAAGGUUCCAGAGAAUCGUCCCCAGACAAGAAAAUGCUAACAGGCAUGAGACUGUCUCUGUGAGAAUACUCUGGAGAAGUUGAGAGCAGAAACUGAAAAGGAACUCCUUCUCCUCGCUCCUUCCAUCGUCCCGUCCUGAUGGAGACACAGGCUCUGGUCGGAGUAAGAAGAGAAAGGCAGAGAGAAGCUGCCCACACAGGCCCACCUUAUCUCACGACAUGCAGAGUCUGAAGGUUAACUUCACCCUACCAGGGUGAGGUUAGGAUUUGAUGGAGGGGUGGGGAGUUAUCUGUAUGCAACAGGCUGGAGCUACCAAGACUGGGUCAUGAUUGAGGCGACUGCAUCUGUUCCAUAUGGAGUCCCACUCUAAAAGGCCACGGAGAAAAAUGAUAGCAGUUCAAUGAGAGGCAGCUAGCUGUCAGGCAUAGGAAAAGGUCUUAUUUUGAAUGCUCUGAAUUGUAAACCACGAGAACAUAUGUCUAUUUUUAGAAUUCACAGUUCAAGUGAAUGAGCCGUAACAGGAAGCCUUUCAGAUAGUGCACACCCAUUGUUUAGCAUGCUUGUCCUUGUGUAACCCUUGUCUUUAGAGUGGGCUGGACCAAAGAGUUCUUCCUAAGGGAGCGGGGAUCAGUGCUGUGGCUUCUGUCUGUUUUCUAAGUCAGCUUCCAUCUCCAAGCAGCCUGGGUAGGGAGUUCCUUGUGACUAACCUUGACAAUGGACACUCAGAAACCUGCCAACAGCCUCAUGCCACUCAGGUAUGUGAAAGUGCCACAAAUCUUGGUUAGGUCGUAAGACCCUGGUCCAGGCUCUCAGCCAAGCCUCUGCUGGUUCCUGACCACAGAACUACCGUCACAGAUGUGCUGCUUCCAAAUUUAAACUCGCAAAUUUAACUUAGUAACACAAAGAGCACGCUACUGAGCCAGCUGAUCUGGAAGGUAGAAUUCCAAAGCCCUUUCCCCAGAGUCCUGGUUUAGUUCAGUUUCGCAGCCUUUCGUUUUUCCCCCAUGACAACAUUUUCUUCUGGUAUGAAACUAUUUAAUGACAAUUCUGUGUGCAUGGGGACAUUAGUGUGGGUGCAGACUUCGGAACUAGAAGGGAGUAGAGACAUAGAGGAGGGAACAGAGACAGAGGAGUUCGGUCAAGGACCAUGCACAUGUGUAACAGGAGAGUACAAAGGAGGCUACAGGGAGUGGAGGGCAUCUGAGGGGCGAGAAGCUGGGGAAAGGAAGGGGGCAAAAGACCAACAAAAGUGGUCUUUGUUUGGAAAUCUCAUUAUCAAACCCAGUACUUUAUAUGUUCAUUUUUAAAAUCCUGUCACACCAUCAGAUAUACUUGCAAAUUUUUAGCUUUGCCUCUCUAUCCCUUUGCUGAAGUUCAGUCAGAAAGAAGAAAACCCCCGAAAUUUCAAAUUUUUAUCCACUUUAGUCUAGAUGGCAGAAAACUAGCGGAUAACAUGUAUUAGGGUUUUGAUUAAACGUAACUUGCAAAAUA